CCCCACCGACAAGUUCCUGAUCAAGGUCAUAUGAUGAGAGAGGGAGGAACUGUUGAACCUUUAAUUCAGCAGUCUUUACCGACACUCUGGACACAUUCAAGAUGAGGGCACCUGCGACCCUCCUGGCUCUCUCUCUCCUUCACGUUUGUUUGUCAGUUCCUGUCAGACGUCCGACCAACUGGCUACGACAAUGUCGAGCUUCCACUAACUUCUCCGUCACAGCUUUAGAAGUUCUACCUGGCGGAGGCUGGGAUAACCUCCGGAACAUAGAUAUGGGUCGGGUCAUGAACCUCAGCUAUUUGCAUUGCCAGACCACCGAAGAUGGGCUCUACUUCAUCCCAGAUGAAGUGUUUGUCAUACCCCACAAGGAGACGGGACUGGAGACCAACUCUGAGAUCAUCAGCUCCUGGCAGGAGCAGCGAAGCUCGACGUCUUUCGGCAUAAAUGUUGAGGCAUCAUUCUUUUCUGUGCUGAAUGGUAAAUUCUCCUCUGAGAACCAAAGGAUGAAAAUACAUCAGGUCCAAGACUCUUCAACCACAACCAGAGUGCAGGUUCGUAACCUCCUCUACACGGUGAAGGCUUAUCCGGACUUCAAUCUCGAUUCACGUUUUGCUCAGCAAGCCAAGGAGAUAGCUGAUGCCAUAGAAAACAACCAAACAAGGAAUGCAAACUACCUCUCAGAGAAGAUGGUGUUGGACUACGGUACCCAUGUGAUCACCAGUGUUGACGCUGGGGCAACGUUGCUGGAGGACGACUACUUGCGUUCCUCUUACGUGUUGGACAAUGCAUCGCAAGGUUCUGCCAUCAAAGCCUCGGCCGGCUUAAACUUUUUUGACAAAGUCAAAUUUGACAUAAGCAGCCAAAGCGCCCAGCAGAGCUCGUCAUUGCAGACAUAUCAGGCAAACAUUCAAUAUUCUCUCAUUCAAAGUCACGGCGGGAUACCUUUCUACCCGGGCAUCACUCUGCAAAAGUGGCAGGAAAGUACCAGAAACAACCUGGUUGCGGUUGAUCGUUCAGGAUUAGCCCUGCCCUACUUCAUCAAUGUCAACACCAUCCCCGAUCUGCCGCAACCUACUGUUAACAAAGUCGCCAAAUUGCUGACCAAAGCCAUCGAGCGCUAUUACAUGAUCAACACUCGCCCCGGCUGCGUCGACGUCAACUCCCAGAACUUCAACUUCCAAGCCAACGUCGACGACGCUUCGUGUGACGGCCCCGCGACAAACCUCAGUUUCGGCGGUGUCUACCAAGAGUGUAUUCCCAUCUCCCAAAAUACAGGCCCGCUGUGUGAAGCCCUGGCCCAGAAAAACCCAGACACAGGUGCUUUUUCCUGUCGGCCGCCUUACUCGCCGACGUUACUGAGAUCAGAGGUGAGACAGCAAGCUUACUCCGUGCGCGAAUGUCACGACGAGACAUACCGAUGCGGGGCCUUUCAUUGGUACCACUGCCAUCGUCAAGUGUGUGGGGACAACUCGUAUGUCCGCUCGGCUCGCAUAAACACCUAUUGGUGUUCCGUCAGUGGCAAUGCGCCGGAAAACUCCGGGUAUCUCUUCGGAGGGAUGUAUAGCCCCUCCCUCAUGAACCCCAUCACCAACUCUAAAACCUGCCCAGAAACCUUUUUGCCCCUAAAGUUCCUCUCAGACGGUCAAGUGAUCUGUUUAAGUAAGGAUUUUGAAAGUGGCACCAAAUACGCUGUACCGUUCGCGGGUCUCUUCAGCUGUGAGUCAAACAACCCCAUGGCGGGGCAACGACGUCGCUGCCCCGCUAAGUUCAGUCAACACCUCGCCGCUGUCAGCGAUGGCUGUGAAAUCCUUUACUGCGUCCAGUCGGGAUUAUUCACAGGUGGGCAGCUGCUUCCGAUCCACCUCCCUCCUUUCACGAGGGCGCCGGUGCUUACCGUAAAAGCCACCAACACGGUGAUGGUGAUGACAGAGGGUGAAAGCAACUGGGUACGAGUCGGAAACACAAAGUCAUGGAAACUGGCGGACCCCGACGACAUUCAGGAGAUUUUAAGAAAGUUCAACCCGAACCAGAGUCAGAUGUCCGACGGAGAAAAGGCAGGGGUAGCAUUUGGCGUGUUAGCCAUGAUGGCCCUGGUAGUCGUGGGAGUCGUGGUCUUACUUAAAAGAAGACAAAAGCUGUCUGGCAUGACCUUAAGGAGAGGUUACACGGAAAUACGACGAGCGGGUGAUGAAGAGGAGCGAGCGAUUCUGCAAGAGAACAAUUGAAUUCUCCAGAAAAGUGACGAAUGUGGUCUGACAGCUUUCAUUUUUUGUUGACGAAUAAUGUAAUAGCAUGAUUCAAAUGUUUAAUCAUGGAGCAUGUAGGCUUGAAAUGUUAUGUACGAGGAAUCAAGAGAGUAAAAAUUGCAUUUGAAUGUUCAGUGGCACCUUAAUUUACGAGUUUUAUUUGUUUGUGAGCAGUAAAAAAAA